AUUUUGCAUUUCCGGGGAGGAGGACUGUUAUGUUUACUAACAGUCCUCCUCCGUCAGCUCGGGCACACUGCACAGCACAGCCAUCUAGAGCAGUGUGAGUACAGUGAAGCACACAGACACCGCCCCAGAGUAAAACACACACAGCACACAGUUAACCCUUUGAUCGCCCCUCAUGUUGACCCCUUCCUGCCCAGUAUCAUUAGUACAGCGUCAGUGCUUUUUAUUAGCACUGAUCACUGUAUUGGUGUCACUGAGGAUGCCAGUGACACCCAGUCAGUUCCCUACCAGUGUCAGAAUGUCCACCGCAGUCCCGCUAUA